GUGUGUGUGUGUGUGUGUGUGUGUGUGGAGAGUGAGUGAGUGAGAUAGCAAGGCAAAAGCUCAGAGAGUUAUACAUUCUUCCUGCGGUGAGGGGCAUUCACUGAGCUACCCCUCCCACCACCACCACCACAGGUGGAGUGGGCAGGCACUUGGCUGUGAAACUGGAGCAAGCUGGUUCGAGUUUGCACUUUAGCUCCUGGUGGGAAGGGAGCCUGGCCGGCAUUCUCCUCUCCUCGGUGCAGAGCUGCUCACCCACCCACAAGGAUGUCUCGGUGGCUCUGGCUCCUCGGGAGAGCCCUGCUCUUGGCGAGGGUGGCUGCCUCUGUGAGCUUCCACCAUCACCGCUAUGAAGAACUGGUGCAAACCCUGUUCAACGUGAAGGCCUCGUGCCCUUAUAUUACCAGGCUGUACAGCAUUGGACGCAGCGUCCAGGGCCGCCACCUCUAUGUGCUAGAGUUCAGCGACUAUCCUGGCAUCCAUGAGCUCCUGGAGCCAGAGUUCAAGUACGUGGCAAACAUGCAUGGGAAUGAGGUGCUGGGCCGGGAACUGUUGCUGCAGCUCGCCGAGUUCCUGUGUGAGGAGUAUCGGCGCGGCAAUCAACGCAUCACACAGCUCAUCCACGAGACACGCAUUCACCUCUUGCCCUCAAUGAACCCUGAUGGAUAUGAGGUGGCAGCUGCCCAGAGCCAAGGUGGUGUAGGGUACCUCACUGGGAGAAACAACGCCAAUGGAGUUGACCUUAACCGUAACUUUCCCGACCUCAACACCAUGAUGUACUACAAUGAGAAACAGGGUGGACGCAACCACCACAUCCCCUUGCCAGACAACUGGAAAAGUCAGGUAGAACCAGAGACUUUGGCUGUAAUUCAGUGGAUGAAGAGCUACAAUUUUGUCCUCUCAGCCAAUCUCCAUGGUGGAGCCGUCGUUGCCAAUUACCCCUAUGACAAAUCCCAUGAGCAGAGAAUCCGGGGCAUCUUGCGUGUAACCAGCACCCCCACCCCUGAUGACACCCUCUUCAAGAAGCUGGCCAAGGGCUAUUCAUAUGCCCAUGGAUGGAUGCACCGGGGCACGAGCUGUGGGGAUAUCUUUCCUGAUGGCAUCACCAAUGGGGCGUCCUGGUAUUCACUCACCAAGGGGAUGCAGGACUUCAAUUACCUGUUCACCAACUGCUUUGAUAUUACCCUCGAACUGAGCUGCAACAAAUUCCCACCACAGGAGGAACUGGAGUAUGAGUGGCUGGCAAACCGUGAGGCACUUAUUGCUUACAUAGAGGAGGUUCACCAGGGCAUCAAAGGCCUGGUGUCAGAUGAGAACAACAACAAACUCACAGGUGCUAUCAUUUCCGUCGAAGGAAUCAGCCAUGAUAUCACUUCAGGUGAACAGGGUGACUAUUUCCGGCUGCUCUUGCCUGGUACUUAUGCAGUUACUGCAUCAGCAGAUGGAUAUCAGUCCCAGACUGUGACGGUGGUUGUAGGCCCAGCUGCGCCUUCAGUGGUGGGCUUCCAGCUCAGACAGAACAAUUUGGACAACGCUCCUGCACGGAAGGCUUCUGACAAAGGGCCCACCAAUAAAGCUCUGCAUAAGAAGGUUGUGCCGCGAGCUGCCCAAUGGGAGACGCUGCGGUGAAGAUAGAGCUCAGAUAGAUGAAAGCUGACAGAGUCAUGUCUAGCAUGAGAAGUCAACAAUGCUGGCAGAUGAACGUUCUAAGAGGCACCCACGCCUCUCUCAAGCCUCGCAAACAUGAAAUGAGCCUAGACCUCACUGUUUAUUAAAUGUCUAAUAUUUAACUCCAGUGCAGACUGAAAGCUCUUUCAGAAGGAGGGCAGCCAUUCAUGCUUUUAGCCCUGUGGUCUCCUGACCAGUUUAAAGCUUCUCACUCACCUUUCUUUGGGUGGGAUACCUUGUCUGUUAUCUUAUUUUCACCUGCAGCCUGCUACCAUUGAUACAUGACCACAAUGUAGUUGGAAUAGGUGGGAAACACCUUGUAUACUCUGUACGUGUGUUUGUGUGUGUGUGCAUGUGUGAUUCUGGGUGCCGAUGUAAAAUUGAUGCAUGAAAUCUGGCACUAGCCUAUUAUCUGUUAAUGGAUGGAGAUCAUGUUCUUGCGCCUUGUUCCCAGUUUGGAUGUGGUAUAGAAGUGCUUCCCCACCCCCACCACCUGUUCAUGUUUGUUUCUUACUUUGUUCCAGGCCUUCCAAAAUGCUGCUGCCCAACAAGUGUUCACCUGAACAUUUUUAUGGUCUUGAACUGUAACUGUGCUGUGUUUCCUUAUUAGGCGAGCCCCUCGGCCCGAACCAAUAACUGUUGCUUUUGUAUAGGAUGUGCUGAGGUUUCAGUUCUAGCCAUAUGUACUGGGAAGUCAAUCCCACUGACUGACUUCCAAGAAAACAUGUUUAGGAUCAGGUUGUCAGGCAUCUUUUAAAGCUGAAUGUUGAGCCAUGAGUUCCUGAAUGUGAAAUGUAAGCAAAGGGUGAAGACAGGCAUCAAAUUUGUAGAGCACUGGAGGUAAUUUAGAAGCCCCCUAACCACAAUUAGUCCAAAUAUACAUUGGGGCUGUUUGCAUGUAAUGUAAAGUCAUCAUGUUAAUGGAAUGCACCAGCCGUCAUUUUGAAUAUGCAAGUGGUGGUGAGUUCAAAGCUUGCGGUUUCAUGGGAACCUGGCGUCGUGGUUUGUUUGAGGGGGUAGACAACCUUCCAAUAAACCAUAGCUUGUUUGAGGGUUGUCUACUCCCUCAAACAAUCCCCGACACCAGGUUUGCAUGUCACAACAAACCACAGCAAGCAAGGGUGCCCACAGGCAUUAUGCAGGAAGUGUACCCAGCAUGACACGAUACCCACUGUGGCUAAUUUAAGCCACAGGGGGCUCCUGUGUCAUGUGGACCUGAUCAUUUUCUCCUUUGGAGUGACUAAUGUGAAGAAACCCAUUCUAUGAAGAAACCUAUAGUGGAAAUUGAAUGGGGAAGAGCCAUUUGUGGCUAAUUCUGUUAGGCUACCAUUUGUAAUGACACUAACAUACGCCCAUCCACAAACUGCAAAGCAGGUUGGCAUUUAUUUUUUUAAAUCCUUGGGGGUUUGGCUGUCAUCGCUUUUUAAAAGAUGGAUGAAUGCAUAAGAAAUAAAGGUUGGUUGUUCAAUCUGAAGCAUGGAAGAAUUGGAUCACACUGACAAAUGAAACACAAUUCAAUCAUGCUCAUAUGCAUGAUUGUCAUGCAAACUACAAACCCAGGCUCAUACUAUGGCUAAAGACCCCACUGUGACCAUGGUUCAAAUGUUCAUUCUUUCCCUACCUGAGUUGUUCUGAAUCUAAGCUUUCCAUUAGGAUCCCUUUUGCUUCAGUCUUUUCUUGAAAUGUCUUUCUCUAAGACUCCAUUAUCCUGAGUCAUCCAUUUUAAAAAGGUACUUGCUGAGUACAGUGGCCCUGACACAGCUUUCUCCUCCUGUUUACCAAGUUACAUCUUCUGCCAUUUUUCUUUGUGGAAGAAGAAGAAAAAAAUUCUUGUUUAAGACAUAGGUUAUAAGAAUAUUAUAAUGACAAUGAUAUCAAAAAGAUAACAGUUUAGAUACUAAUAUCAUAAUCAUUAUAUAAGAAUUAAAAAUACUAAGUGUUUAAAACAAUUAAAAAUAUAGUGCUUGAAGCAAAUUCACUGAAAGUUGGUCUGUAAUUCUGACAACAGACCACAUUUCUUCAUAUGGCUGCUGCUACUGCAAAUAAUAUCACAAUGCACACUUUUACUAUUU